AUGUCGUACAUGUUACCCCAUCUUCAUAAUGGCUGGCAAGUGGACCAGGCCAUCCUGUCCGAGGAGGACCGGGUUCUGGUGAUACGGUUCGGACACGACUGGGAUCCAACAUGCAUGAAAAUGGACGAAGUUCUGUAUAGCAUUGCUGAGAAGGUGAGGGUUGUUUCUGAUUGAUCUGUGUUGUGACAUUAGUAUUACUGUCUGCGGUCUGAAUAUCAACAACAGCGACAUCUACUAGUCAGUUAUGAUAGAGGCGUCAAAGCUGAACGUGAGGACAACAGUGUGUUUGAUAAACUGAUUUAUAAUUUCCAGUCCAAAAUAUGUAGCUCUGUUGAUCAGCAGCCGAACCAAAGCAAGAUCGUUAUAAAUUUAACUCCAUAAUAUUUUAGUGCUUUUCAUUUUGAGUUAAAGGGAUAUUCAGGCGUAAAAUUAGGUUAGGGUCAAACACACUGUAACACCAAGUUAGACACCCCGUCAAGAGAUGAAUGUUGCUGACAUCUUGCUUCUCUAGUUAUACCAACUUUAGUAACAACCACACAAUAGCAAUACACAGCGGUCUGAGGAGCCAUGCGCUCAACCAAAAGGCCACUUUAUAGCCACAAAUAAUGUUCAGAACAGCAGCUAACUUCAUCAACAGUACAUAUAGGGCUGCAGCCGUAGUACUAGCCACCAAACAGCCUUUUAACUUUGCCUAAUUUCUUUAGCAAAGAGACUAAACACAACUCACCUACUCUCUUUCAGCAGCCGCUUGUCUGUACGGAGACCUCAGGCCAGUCCAUUACCGCAGCAGGGUGACGCAGCUCAAGGAAGAACAUUUAUGAUCAUUUCAUUGAAGUAAUAAUCAUCAUAUUAAUCCUUUUGCACUGCAGACGCGGUAGUUCUUCUGCCUUUCCAUAAAGAAAUGAUCAGAAAAGUCCUUCCUUGAGCUGCGUCAUGCCGCUGCAGUUGGUGAUGGACUUGUCUAAGGUCCCCGUAAAAACAAGCGGCUGAUGGAAGAGGGUGGGUAAGUUGGGUUUAGUCUUUCUGCUAAAGAAAUCAGGCAAUGCUGAAAAGAUGUUUGGUGGCUAGUGCUAUGGCUGGGACCCUAUAUGUACUGUUGAUGAAGUUAGGUGCUGUUCUGAGCAUUAUUUGUGGCUAUAGUAUGGCGUUUCGGUUGAGCGCGUGGCUCCUGAGACCGCUGUGUAUUGCUAUCGUGUGGUCAUUACUGAGGUUGGUAUAACUAGAAAAGCAAGAAAAACAUUCAGCAACAUUCAUCUCUCGACGGGGUGUCUAACUCAGUGUUACAGUGUGUUUGACUUUUACUUAAUUUUACGCUGGAAUAUCCCUUUGAUAAUACUUACGUUUUUUCACUGACGGUUAUUUUUAGCUCGUCUUACUGUAAAUAAUAUUCAGCCCAGCAAGGAUGGGGAAGGACACAUUGAUAUUUAUCACUGUAGUAUCCUUUAUGUUAAAAAGCUCUUGAUAUACUAUCUUAAAGAGAUGAUCUUGAAUAUUGCAUAACACAUGCACCAUUAAGACUCCAUUUAGAUGAAUAUUUUAGUGCUCUUUACUAGUGCAGAGUUCUUCUGUAUAAUCAAAAGAAAUAUUUACUGUUUUCAUCACUGUACUUACACUCUUGGAAGUAUUUCAUUGAUUUUGCAACCUUGAUUCUCACAUCAUAUGCUUUAUUGAGGGUAUCUGUUCUUUUCAAGUGUCUGUGUAGGUUCUUAUUCAUCCAGGUCAUGGUUAUCAGAUACUUACUGUUUUCAGAUGCCAUAAAGGAUUUUCUGUUCCAGCCAAAUUGGACAGUGAAAAUAAUGAUGUAGCUUUAGUUGUUCUUUAAACUUAUUUAAAAACUUUUAAAAUACAUUAGCUUCCCUUUAAAAAAUAAAACAAAUGCUAUGGGGGGUUACUGGAAAAUGUCAAAUACUAAGCAUCCUACCUAGGUGUCAGUUAAAUACCCCAAGAGGUUUGAUACCCGGUGAUGCGAACUGGCUGCUACUAUAAAUAGUUACCUUUUCAUGUUGUGUUGUCCUGUCUUGACAGCAGUAUUCGAUGCUUUGUUCUUUACAAUGACUCCAUACUAACUCCUAAGUAUAUUUACACCCCUACAGGUAAAGAACUUUGCAGUCAUCUACCUGGUGGACAUCACAGAAGUGCCUGACUUCAACAAGAUGUAUGAAUUGUACGACCCCUGUACCGUCAUGUUCUUUUUCAGGUAGUACAUUUGUUGCUUUAAUUUCAAACAACAUUGUACAUGCAACCUUUUAUUUGUUAUAAUAAAAACCAAAUGUGCCAUUUUUAUGAGCUGCUGUUGCUAUAUUUUAAAACUCGGCAUUGUUUAUUUUUUCAGAAACAAACACAUCAUGAUUGAUUUGGGAACUGGAAACAACAACAAGAUUAACUGGACGAUGGAGGACAAGCAGGAAAUGAUUGACAUUGUUGAAACAGUAUACAGAGGUGCAAGAAAAGGAAGAGGUUUGGUGGUGUCUCCGAAGGAUUAUUCUACGAAAUACAGAUAUUGA